AUGCCGAUUGUCGACAUUCACACUCAUGUUUACCCCCCUAAAUACAUGGAACUUUUGCGCUCACGCUCAACCGUUCCAUAUGUUCGCACAUUCCCAGACGCCCCGGACUCUGCCCGUCUGAUCAUCCUACCAGGCGAAGAUGACCCCUCGAUGCCGUCCACCUCGCGCGGUCGCCCAAUUGGCCAAGAGUACUACGAGAUCAAGGAGAAGAUAGCAUUUAUGGACCUCCACAAGAUUGACAAGUCAGUCAUUUCACUAGCGAACCCAUGGCUUGACUUUCUACCUGCUGAAGAGGCGGGAGAGGCGGCCAAGAAGAUCAAUGACGACGUCAACGACCAAUGCUCGCAAUAUCCCGGACGAUUGUACUUCUUUGGCACACUUCCUUUAUCUGCCUCACCCGAGGUUAUAACCGCUGAGAUUGAGAGACUGAGCACCCUCAAGUAUGCUAGGGGUGUUAUCAUGGGCACAUCGGGUCUGGGACAGGGACUAGACGAUGCGAAGCUUGACCCCGUCUAUGCAGCGCUCGAGAAGCACCAGCAACUUAUCUUCCUACACCCCCACUACGGUCUUCCUUCUUCGGUCUACGGUCCCCGUGCGAGCGAAUACGGCCAUGUGCUACCAUUGGCACUUGGGUUCCCCCUUGAAACCACUAUUGCAGUGAGUAGAAUGCUCUUGAGCGGAGUCUGGGACCGGUUCACAAAGCUCAGCGUAUUGCUUGCGCAUUCUGGAGGUACACUGCCGUUUUUGGCUGGAAGGAUUGAGUCGUGUAUUUUGCAUGAUGGACAUUUGAAGAAGCAUGGCAAGACGCAGAACAGGAGAGACGUGUGGGACAUACUGAAGACGAACAUCUACCUUGACGCAGUCAUCUACUCGGAAGUAGGAUUGAAGGCGGCACUAGAUGCAUCGGGGUCAGACAGGCUGCUGUUUGGUACUGAUCACCCAUUCUUCCCACCGCUUGAAGAAGAUGCAAAGGAGUGGCAUAGCGUCAAUGCGAAUUAUGGCGCUAUAUCGAAGGCGUUUGAGAAGGAUGACAAGAAAGCUCAAGAUGUACUUGGUGGCAACGCAGUGAGGAUACUGCGGCUUGACUGA